GUGUAGGGAGGGGUCAGGAGGAAAAAAGGGUGUCAGCAAGUGAACCAGCAGGAAUGAGCUAUUUACCUGUUACAUAGGUGGGUCUGGGGUUUCAGUUCCUCCUGUGAAUAAUCCUCAAAGACUUGUUUCGUUGCUUUCAGCAGGCUGCUCGCUUGCUUUGGAUAAAAAAAAGGAUGCCUUAUUACUGAAGAUAUUUCUUUGUACCAAGGCUCAUAAAGACACAUUACUACAGACGACAUGAAGAAGGGGACGCUGAACAAGCUUUUUGGGAAGAAAAAUGCCAACAACAACUCUCUGUAUGCAGAAAAUCCACCUUGGGUUCUUUCCCAGGGAGCUAAGAAAGGCUCAGCUGACUAUCAUGAUAUGCCCUCGUCAUAUUCGUUUUUAGAGGAUUCUGGGAGUGCAACUUUGAAAGCUCGCCCUGGGCCUCGCAUCAGACCUCUUCUUCCAGUCUCUAAUAAUAGCAUGGCAGUACCCACACCUUCUGUGCCAGGUGGGUUUGCAGAGCACCUUCCAAUUGAGAAUGGAUUAAAUCGAAAUGGGAACUACAGAAUGUACAGCUCUAUAGGAGAUCUGAGGGCAAAUAUGCAGUAUGAUGAUUAUCCUGAAGAAAUACCCGCUCCUCCCUCUAUGCCGCCACCACCACCUCCUAACAUGGCUCCCCCUGACCCACCACAUGAAAGCCCACCUUCACCUUCAGAGUCUUCUCCUGGAUCCCCUAGUCCACCAGACUUUAUACCACCCACACCCAACUCCAAUGCACCUCCAGUGCCCAAUUUUGUUCCUCCACCGCCUCCUCCACUCGUUAACCAGCAAUUACAGAGUGCAUCCAAAUGGAAAUCUGAAACUGUUCUCAAUAACCUGCCAAAUGAUCUACCAGUGGGUUUACCAAACAGAUUUUCCUUAAAUCCAUCCAUCUUUCAACCAAGCCACGGGCAAACCAGUGCCAAUAUGGACCCCAAUUCUAGUUUGUCAAGAUUAUACAAAGUACCACCUCCUGCUCCUACAAGGACAUCAUCCAUACAGCAGCAAGAAUAUAUUGGCCAACAGACUGAUAACACCAGAUAUACUAAAGAUCCUCCGCCAUCUCCAGUUCCAUCAAGUUUUAAUCCAACUAUGCAGGCAAAACUUUUUUCAAUAGGUCGGGGACAGUCUAUCUUAAACGAUACACUAAACAAAAGAAAAUCUAUGAUCAUAAUGGAUACACCAAGUGGAACCAAAAGUAUGGAUCCCAGUCACACAAAUGAAAUUGCUAGUGCUACUAAUGCAGAUACAGGGAACUAUGGAUCAAAAGCUCUAAAAGCUAAAAUGGAUGUAAAACUGCCAGGAAAAACUGGUGACAACAAUGUUUAUUCAAAUGGUGCUAACCAGGAAAAUCCAGAAUUAAAUACCUCUGAGGAACAUUGUUUCAAUGAAAAUCCUGAACAACAAACCAGUAAGGUCAGGCAAAUUAAAAAUGACUUUGCAUCAACAAUGUCUGGGAAAAAUAGUGUUACAGAGGGUCCCAAAGCAUCCUGGGAUAGCACAGCAUUAAACAAAGACAGCUAUGUAUCAGAGAUGUCAAAAAUCUCAAAGCCCACCAUUAAUAUUGUUUCACAAAAACCUUUUGGAGAAAAUACAAAAAUAUCUAAUACCAACCUACAUUCUAAUAAAGAUGAGGAUAUUUUACAGAAGCAAAUAAAUGCUGUGCCAAGUGAUGUAAAAACAGAACCAGUAAAAGUGAUUAAAACUCCUGUAUCCCCACCUCCAGUGGCCCCUCCACCUCCUCCAUUUGCAAUUGCACCAAAUCCACCAUCAAUUCCCCCACCACCGCCACCACUCCCCACAGCACUCACAACAGCACCCGUUCAUCCACCAACAGUCUCACCACUAUUACUAUCAAAGAAAGCAUCUCCCACAAAUGUCCCUACACCACCACCUCUUCCCCCUCCUCCUCCUCCUCCAGCUCCCCAACCAACAGGCUCUCAGUCAUUACUGAAAGCUGCAGCUAUCAGUGCUUCACCUUUAUUGCCAUCAAUGGCUCCACCACAGCCACCAAAAGCACCUCCAGUGCCUCCACCUGCUUCUUCAUCUAUUCAGAUAUCAUCAUUAACUCCAUCCAAGGUCUUGCCUACUGACAAUGAUCAAAAAAGCAAAGUUGGAAAAAUCAAACAGGAGCUGGAAGCUUUAUUGUCCUCCCCAAAAAAAGAAGACAUAAAAGUGGGCAGUCUUAAAAAAUCUCAACAUGUUCCAGAAAUGACAAAAGUAGCUCCGGUUAGAGGUGGAGAAAACACGCUAGUUAAUUCAUUGAUGAUGAAAGUUCCACUUCUUCCUAAACAGGCAAUUGUGGAGGAUACUGAUGCUGAUUUAUCUGAAUGGCUUCCAAAGAAUAACACGACUGAUAUUGAAAUCCCAGAGCCUGAUUAUUUGCCUGCAUCUACUAAACCAAGUGGUAACUAUAAAAAACAGCCUGAACCACAUACCAUUACCAAGGAAAUAAAAGUAGAAUCAGCUCCACAUACCAUUAUCAAAGGCACAACCUUAGAAUCAUCUCCAAAAUUCAUGACCAAGGAGAUUAAAGUAGAAUCAACCCCAACUACCAUGACCAAGGAAAAAAAAGGAGAAUCGGCUCCAAAUACCAUUAUCAAAGGCACAACCUUAGAAUCAUCUCCAAAUUCCAUGGCCAAGGAGAUUAAAGUAGAAUCAACUCCAACUACCAUGACCAAGGAAAAAAAAGUAGAAUCGGCUCCAAAUACCAUGAUCAAGGAGAUAGCAGUAGAAUCAGCUACACCACCUAUAAAAUCCUCAGAUGAAUUAAAUACUGGUGAAACUCUGGUUCCAUCAUAUAAACCACAUCAUGCAAGAAAGGUCUCUGCUGGCAGUUGGACCCCAGAACCUGUCUCAUCAGUGCAGUCUAAGUCAGAGCCAGUUUUGAGUUUAAAAUCAGACACUGAUCAAGAGCUUAAGGAAGCUUCAUCUCCUUUGGCAUCUUUAGUAAAGUCUGAAUCAAUAAUAUCACAGAGAGAAAAUGAAAGUGCAUUCAAUCAUCCUGUUACUAGGGAGAAGGUUGAUGAAGGCUCUCCAAUGGCAUUGCUCAUGGCAGCAAAGAAACGUGCACAAAAGGGAUCACGCUCUAUUGAGCGCAGUAAUCUGCCUAAAAUUUCUGUUUCUAAUGGAGCUGUGAUAAGUUCUUUAACUUCUCAUAACAGUGACAUAAAUCUUAAUACAUUUGUUGUUGAGCCCAGGAAAGAAGCCACACAUCAAGCUCUACCAGAGGGUAGCUCCAGUUACUUAAAGGACGCUGGCAUUGUCUCCUCUUUAAGCAGCAGCGCAGAGAAAUCUGAAAACAACUGGAUUCAUCAAGCUCAACCAAAGCCUACUGUGAGCAUUCAAGUUUUUGACUCUCAGCAUCCCAGUGGGGACAACUCUAGAAGUUGGAGUAUGUUUAAUGCCAGUAGUACAAACAACCCUAGGGCUGAAAAUAAUAUGUCUCCAAAAAUAGAGCGAUUUAAUAUUUCUUCAUUCCCUUCACCUAGUCCAGUUUUGGGGACAAAGGAUGAAAUUGAAUAUGAAAUUAUUCCACCUCCUGCAGAGUUUAUGAAUAGUCCAACUAUGUCACACAUGAGCAUGCGUAAUACAGAACAAAAAGAAAGAUCUUUCAUUUAUGGCGAUAAUAUUAUAUCUGAUUUUAGUAAGCCCUCCUAUGAGCAAAACUAUAAAUCAAAUCAGGCUGUCAUUUCCCAGACAAUUAACAGCAGGGACAAAUACUUGGAUGAUAAUCCCAUCACUGGGAUUUCUAGAGAUUCAAACAAAGGUUCCCUAAUUAAGAAAAGACUGUACAUGCCUGAGCCAGAGAGUUCAAGAAACUAUGUGAAAACAAGUACUUUAAGGUCUGCAGCUUUGCCGGCACCAUAUGGCCAUAGGUUCCCCCAGCCCAGUCCAACCAUGGUUCUUGAUCCUCGGCGUACCAAUUCUACAACAAGGUACCUUGCACAAGGAAGGAGAGUGUCCACAGAAAAUCUCAUGAGGGUGGUACCUUCUCAAAGUGAUAUGAAAUAUAAACCCCAAAAUCCUGAGUAUCCAGCUUCUAGACCAAGCAGAUCUAAUAACUCCUACCAAGGUAUGACCUUCACUGUGAGACCCGGCACUAGACAGCCUAUUUCAAAUACCUACCAAGGAGGAUACCUGUGAGGCCUCUGCUGCCUUCUGACUGCUUGAACUUUACAACCUUCUAGUAGAAGGAGCGAGCAUUUCCCUGGUGGAAGUGCAACCAUUAACCUUACCACAUUGACUUCCUAACUCAAACCAAAUCUCCAUUAAGGAACACUGAACUAAUCUUAUUUGGUUUAUGCUGAAUGUCCUUUCUCUUGAUGUUGUCUGCCUUACAGGCCUACCCCAGAUGAGUGGUAGGUGACGAGUAACUGCUAAGCUUAUAAAGCAAUGUUGCUGUUGUACAAGUUAGUUUUCACCACGUGUCCAUUAAUGUAUUUACAUCUGUCUAUAUCUGUAUGGGAACAAAAAGUAUUGAAUAGUUAUACUUUUCUAUUUUAGUGAUGUUGGAGAAAAGUUCUAAAGACAAAUGCAGUUUUGCUGGUUAUAUUAAUUGUCUAUUUCAGGCAAAAUGUUUAGUUUUUUUUUAUAUGUUUUAAUGCCUUUCCCUCCAGUUUCAAACGACUUGUGUCUCCGUCUCUCUCUUUCGAUUGGGUUAUGUCAAUACACUUACAUUUCCCAUGUCUUGCCUGUCCAACAUUGUGCUUAUUUUGUAAGAUAAAGAAAGACCUUUUUUUGUCUUAAAAAAAAUAAAAAUAUAUUUUGGGAAACAUGACAGUCCUGUAAAGAGGGUGUACAUAACGACAAAGAGAUCUAUCUGUGAUAUACAGAAAGCACUUUUGAAUGUAUCUUCAUUUUAUUUGUAUAUUUGUUCCCGUUCUUGUUCCUUCCUAUGUAAUGUUACAAGAAAUGUACUUGCUAGCUUGGCUUUGACUAAAAAUGCCUGAAGCAUUUGCAUGACUUUCCUAAAUAAUAUUUUACAGUAAUAAAAUAUUUUAUGUAGUAUA